UGACACUUGCAGCGACAUUUACUACCACUACACGACGACGACGACGACGACAGAGCUCCCCAUCUCAGCUAGACCAGCAGACUAUACCGCUGCCCAUCAUGACGGCCUCUACCCUCCCACCUGCCGCUGCUUCCUCUUCCUCCUCGUCGUCCUCGACGGGUACCUUCGACAUCGUCUCCUCCUACCACUCCCACCUGCAAUCCUCCCUCACCCUCCCCCACCCAAUCGCAGCAAUCCACGCCCUCUGCGAUCUCCUCUCCCACCCUUCCACCUCCCCAACAACCGUCUCCGAACUCAUCACUUUAAUCCAAUCCCACUCCUCUAAACUUAAAUCCUCCCUAGCUAGUCCCGUACCAGCCACAGCAGGGACGGAUCUCUUUAGUCGAUUGGUAGUCAGUAUGGAUUGGCGAGGUGGUGAGGAUUUUCAGAGGGAAAAGGAGCGAUUGGUACUAGUCGCGAGGGAGUACGCAGAAAAGACUGUCCCUGCCUGUCGAGCUCGGAUUUGCGCUCGAGCAGGCGUCUUUCUAAAAGAAGGAGCAGUUGUGCUCACCCAUUCCUAUUCGAGAGUGGUGAUGCAACUACUCCUCAGUGCGGCAAGACUCUAUAGGAAUACACUACAGGUCUACGUUACAGAGUCUCGACCAGAGGGGUUGGGGUUGAGGACCUACGAGGAGUUGAGGGCGGCGGGAAUACCGGCGACGCUUGUGCUGGAUACGGCCGUGGCGUAUGUGAUGAGUAGGGUGGACGUGGUGCUUGUUGGUAGCGAGGGAGUGGUGGAGAGUGGAGGAGUGCUGAAUGCAGUGGGAACGUAUCAGCUGGGUCUCAUUGCCAAGAGCCUAGGAAAGCCUUUCUAUGCUGCAGCAGAGAGCUACAAGUUCCUCCGUCUUUUCCCACUCAGCCAGUCCGACCUACCCACAACACGGCCUAUCCUCCCCUUUCCCAGCUCCAGCUCUAGCACACCCACGAGCAUCGCCUCCAAAACCUCCACACCAGCAGACACAGCCGAGAGCAAGCCCGAGCCUCCUUCCUCCCAGCCUCCGCAAGCACACCCGCACUCGCACUCGCACUCGCACUCACAAGUCCAGCCUCUAAUGUCUCUAGAGCAGGAGUGUCUCAACCCUUCUGUGGACUAUACCCCACCUGAAUUGGUCACGGCAAUCAUCUCUGAUGUGGGAGUGCUUACGCCUGGUGGAGUGGCGGAUGCGCUAUUGAUGACUUAUGGUGGGACGUAGGAGAGAGAGGGGGGGAGGAGGGAGAAGAAAAGGAGAAGGAAGGGAGAAGGGAAUAGAGGGGUGGGAGGAGAAAGGGGCGGCUCACUGUCCUCAGAUGAUAUUCUCAUCAAUGGUCACGAGCUCAGUCAUUUGUUCCUACUUUCAGCUUGCAUAGUGUCCAAAGUGGGGGUCUAGUCGAAACACGUACGAUUUGGGCAUAUUGCGAAGAAGGAAAAGAACAACCGCAGCUUUGGUCAUCGUCCUCCUCCCUGUUUUACCUUCUCCCUUCUACCGGCCACUGGUGCCCAAUCUAAGCAACACCUUCCUCCACUUCUACACAGCACCCAACUUCCUCUCUCUCUUCCCCUCCCUCUCAAGCAGGCUUCUUUGCGCUCUUCUCAC